UGAAACUGAUUUGCAGUCUGUUAUUUAGGCGCUAGAUGUCUCUGUGUGCUAUAAGCACACCACAGAGGCUUACAAUGCUUUAAGCAAAGAGGAAAUCGCUAGAGGCAAAGUUAGUCGGACAGUGUUCAUACACAUACUAGUGAGUUAUCACGUUGACUUCAUCAGUUUGGAAUAUUCCCAAGGAAAUAACUAUGUUGGGAAAUGCUUGUAUUUCCCGAAGCAUUUCAUUGAAGCAUCUUGAAUCCGAUCAGGGGACUUUUUUUUUCUUUUUUUUUUCUUUUUUUUUCUUCUUUUUUUUCUUUUUUUUUUCCUGUCUCAUUAGUAAUGAGUGUGGCCCAAUCUUGCUGCACGGAAAUGGUGGGACGUCCCAAACUUAAGAGAAGCCCGUUGUCAAAUUUACAUCAAAGCAGACAGCCUGAGAGGCUGAAGUGCCCUGAGGCUUCACAGUCCCUCUUAAAUGUCUAUACCAAUUGAUGUUCUUUGCUGUGUAACAGCUACUGGCAGGGGUUCCCUGAAAUUCAGAGCAAUUAGGGGUUUAGUUUGAUUUUUGAUACUUUAAGAAACGUUAGAAGCGGAAUCAAAAUUAAAACAACAACAACAACAAACAAAUCAGAAAGCAGAAUCAGGUUCUCCAGUCGGCUCCUCGCCGUGGUCAGACUGCACAGGCUGCAACCGCCGUGACUUUAUAACAUGCAAGGCGCUAAUACCAGGGGGAGCUCCCCUGCGUUCCUCCGUCCUCAGAACGGGAGCAGUCACAGGUCUUCGGGGUACGUCCUGGGGAGAAUUGCCCCUCUCCGUCCCCCACCACCUUCCCAGAGCCAUGCUGCGGCAGAAUUUACCUCGGCAAGACAAGAGGCCCAGACAAGACUCCCGUCCUUACCAGUGGAGCAGCACCGCCGACAGGCAGAAGCCAACAGGCAUAAGAAUACUCUUAUUUGCUCUGCCAUUUCUAGCCUUUCACUUUUUGUUGCACUGGGGAUUUUUUUGGGAAUAGCUUCAAAAUAUGCUCCGGAUGAGAAUUGUCCUGAUCAGAAUCCACGCCUUAAAAACUGGAGCCCUGGGAAAGAUCCUGAAAAACGAGUUAUUAUCAAAAAAGGGGAUUUGUUUCGUCUGAGCUCAGACGCUACAGUACACUCUAUAGUUAUACAGGAUGGAGGUUUACUUGUUUUUGGUGAUGAUAAAGAAGGUUCUAAAAAUAUUACUUUGAGAACUCGAUUUAUCCUGAUAAAGGAUGGUGGAAUGCUUCAUGUUGGAGCAGAGAAAUGCCGCUAUAAAUCCAAAGCAACUAUUAUUUUGUAUGGGAAGUCAAAUGAAGGUGCUGAUGUGCCAGAAUUUGGCAAAAAAUUUAUUGGCGUGGGCCCUGAAGGAACGCUGGAGUUGCAUGGGCGCCAGAAGGUAUCAUGGACUCUUCUGUCAAGGACUAUAUAUUUCUCAGGGCUGGCCUAUGGUCAUUAUACUUUUAAAAAGAAUUUUUCCCGAGGACUAAAUGUUAGAGUGAUCGAUCAGGAUACAGCAGAGGUUUUGGAAGUGCUGAAGUUUGAUACUCAUGAAUUUGCAGAGGAAAGCUUAAAGCUCCAGAACUUACUGAAAAAUGGGCAUCCUGGUCGCAUUAUAGCUAUUGCUGUAGGAGAUUCAGCUGCUAAAAAUCUUUUGGAGGAAACCAGAGUGACUAUUCAAAAUCUUCUGGGAAGUAAGUUUGUUAGAGGAUUAAGUUACAGGCAAGCCUGGGCUUUAGUUGGUGUCAUAGGUGGUGGAAAUUCUUCCUGUAAUGAAUCAGUGAGAAACUAUGAAAACCACAGCACUGGUGGGAAAGCUCUUGCUCAAAAAGAGUUUUUCACAGUGGAUGGUCAGAAGUUUGUUGUGAGAGCUUACAGCGAAUGGAAUGAUGGUGUCCCAAUAUCAGGCUUCCAGGUGGAAGCAGUGGGUGGAGUAAUACUGAAUCUUCUGGAUGAUGUUAGUAGUUGGGAGCCUGGAGACAGGAUUGUGGUUGCAAGCACAGACUAUUCAAUGUAUCAGACAGAGGAAUUCACCCUCCUUCCCUGCCCAGAGUGUACCAAGUGUCAGGUUAAAGUCAAAGAAAAUCCUCAGUUUCCUCAUGUAGGAGAAGUAAUUGAUGGAGUGGACAUGAGAGCAGAAGUUGGAGUUCUUACAAGAAACAUCCUAAUAAAGGGGGAGACAGAAAAUACCUGCUAUCUUGAAAAGAAGUGUCAGUUCUUCAGUUAUGAUACAUUUGGUGGACAUAUCAAGAUUUUGAAGAAUUUUACAUCUGUUCACCUUUCCUAUGUGGAAUUGAAGCAAAUGGGCCAGCAGCAGAUUGGAAGUUACCCUGUUCACUUUCACCUUUGUGGGGAUGUGGAUGAAAAGGGAGGAUAUACUUUUAAAACUUAUCUGGAAGGUCUUUCCAUUCAUCACUGUUUUUCCAGAUGUGUGACUGUUCAUGCAACUAAUGGUUUGCUGAUAAAGGACACCAUUGGCUAUGACACACUAGGUCACUGUUUCUUCAUAGAAGAUGGCAUUGAGCAGAGGAAUACUUUAUUCCAUAACCUUGGGCUAGUCACAAAACCAGGCACUCUUCUACCUACAGACAGAAACAGCAGCAUGUGUACUGGGAUUAGGGAUAAAGUAUAUGGAAGUUAUGUCCCAGUGCCAGCCACAGACUGCAUGGCCGUGUCGACUUUCUGGAUUUCUCAUCCAAACAACCAUCUUAUAAAUAAUGCAGCAGCAGGCUCACAGGAUGCUGGCAUAUGGUAUUUAUUCCACAGAGUUGCAACAGGAGAUUCUCAUAGCUUAGCCAUCGAAACCAAAUCAGAGCUUACACCCCUAGGAAUCUUCUAUAACAACAGAGUUCAUUCUAAUUUUAAGGCUGGUUUGUUCAUUGAUAAGGGUGUUAAAACAACUAAUGCUAGUGCUGAUGAUCCCAGAGAAUAUCUUUGUUUGGACAACAAUGCAAGGUUUCGACCUCAUCAAGAUGCAGACCCUGAAAAGCCCCGAGUUGCUGCCCUGAUUGACAGAUUAAUCUCUUUCAAAAACAAUGAUCAUGGAGCCUGGGUCAGGGGAGGGGAUAUCCUUAUUCAGAACUCUGGGUUUGCAGACAAUGGAAUAGGUUUGACAUUUGCAAGUGAUGGGAGCUUCCCAAAUGAUGAAGGUGCCAGCCAGGAGGUAUCAGAGUCACUGUUCAUAGGUGAGAGCAAGAAUUAUGGGUUUCAAGGUGGACAGAAUAAAUAUGUGGGAACUGGAGGAAUAGACAACAAGACCCGCACUCUGCCUAGAAAUCGGACAUUUCCAGUCAGAGGCUUUCAGAUUUAUGAUGGACCUAUUCACCUUACCAAGUGCACAUUUAAAAACUUCAUGCCAACUCCAGACAGAUUUACCAGUGCAGUUGGAUUCUUGAUGAAAAAUCCAUGGCAGAUGACUCCAAAAAAUAACAUUUCUCUUGUGAAGUUUGGUCCAAAUGUUUAUUUGAAAGCCUUCUUUGGAAGGCCUGGUCCCUGGUUUGAAGAAGGAGAUCUGGAUGGUGACAAGAACUCAAUAUUUCAUGAUCUAGAUGGUUCAGUGACUGACUACAGGGAUACCUAUGUGGGCCGAAUGGAUAAUUACUUGAUUCAACACCCGAAAUGCAUUAACAUCACAGAAUGGAGUGGAGUGGUUUGCAGUGGGAACUAUGCACAGGUUUAUGUCCAAACCUGGAAUGGACAGAAUCUUUCAAUGACUAUUGUCCGAGAUGAGUAUCCAGCCAAUCCCAUGGUUCUUCGAGGCAUUAAUCAGAGAGCAGCUGCCUUUCAGCAAUACCAACCAGUGGUGAUGCUCCAAAAGGGCUAUACAAUACAUUGGAAUGGAAAAGCUCCAAAUGUCACCUAUCUGUAUCUCAUUAACUUCAACAAGAAUGACUGGAUUCGUGUUGGUCUUUGUUACCAACCAAAGACAGAUUUUCUUAUAGUACUGGAAACCUUUCAAAGGCGGUCAUCUGCUCUGUCAAGCAAGGUGGAGCGCUACAUGCCUGUGUCUUCAAUGAUGGAGCUUGAAAAGAGUCAAUCAGACAAGAGGUUUUACUUUGACAACAGUACUGGAUUACUGUUUUUAUUUCUUCAAGCCAAAUAUGAUAGGGAUGGUCACAGUUAUUGCUCAUCUCAGGGAUGUGAAAGGAUCAAGAUUGUGACCAAAGAUUCAUCAAAAGGGACAAGUAAUUGCAUGGCAAAAGCUUACCCAAAGUACUACCAAGUACCAACUGUCAUAAAGCAGAUGCCAGAAAAAACUACUGUACCAUGUACAAAAUGUGGCACAACUCAGGUGGUAUUCACCAGUGACCCUCACAGAAACUACCUCCUUGUGCAGAUUAAUUCAUCUGAUGAAAAAGCAUCAAGCAGAGGUCAGCAAGCAUUUAUAUAUGUCAAUGAUACCAUGUUUACCUUCAAGGAUAAUGGGAUACUUGUUGUUGUAGUAGAUGCCUGCACUGGCACAGUGUUGGGAAACAAAUUAUUUUCUGGAGUAGACAUUAGGCAUGUAGGUGGAUAUUUAAAAUCUGGAAUUCCACAAAGGUCUAUCAUUCUGCUGAGCACAAGAGGUGAUGUAGCAAUUCCUAAUAAUUUAGCUGAAGCCUUAAUGUCCCUGGGGACAGAGAAGCCACCUUAUCUUCAGAGCAACGGAAGCUUGGCCUUUCUGGGCUUCAGAGGAAACAUUAAGCCAUCCUGGAUUAAGCUGUUUACCAGUCCUGCUGGGCAUGGGCUUGUUCAGAUAGAAAAGUAUAUCCCUCUGCAACUGGAAGAGUAUGGCUGUGCCAGAACAAUUAAAAGCCGUCGGAAAGACCUCGAGCUUCUGAAAAAGGCUGCACGAUCUCAUUAAAGACUAAGAUGUACAUAAAAUCUGGGGAAAAAAAUGUGAACUAACUUAUUUUUUAAUUUAUGGCGUUCUAAACUAUUGUUAUCCAAGUAAAUCAUGUUAUUGUCUGAGAGAUGUUCGCCAGCAUUGACUGCUUGAAUGCCAAUCUGUGCACCUUCUAGUUGUACAAAAUAUUAAAGAAUUUAUUAGUAUUUGUAUAAACAGGUUUCAGAGAUUUUUCAGAUGUUUGUAUUUACUGUAAACAAGUUCUUUCUGUUUAAUACUGCUUUUGUAUGUAAGAGGGUAUUCAUAAAAGCCUUAAGAUUUUAGUAACAGGUGUCAGAGUGCAUUUUGGGUUACUUGAAAGAUCAACAUCAAUGCCUUCAUAAACAACUUGAAUUGGUCGUUAUAAUGUAAGCAUUUUUCCGCCAGCUGUUUUAGUGUUUCCUUGGGAGUUUAUUUCUCAGUCAGCUCAGUUACAUUCUCAGUCUGCUUUCCAAUGUGUUAAAACCCAGUUUCCCUUAUACAUGCAGCUGACUCAAGGGAUUUCAACUGCAGUAAGAAUUGCUUUCCUAUGUGAAAGAUGGAGGGAGGAAUUCAGAGAUCCGGCCUGGGGCUGGGUGAUGAGUGUGCACCAUUCAGCAGAGUUUUACAAGGCUGUGUGUACAAGCAUCGCAUGCAGAGCAGGAAAUUACUCUUGUUCUUUAGGAUCACUGUUUAUUAUUCCCUCUAAAUACACAGGUAUGUCUGUAAGAGUUACUUUAAUAAAAAAUCUAGAAGUUAAAGCUUCAGUCUUAAUUACAGCUUGACUUCGGCUUAAUCUUUUAGAGGUUUUAGCCAGAAGGGCAAAGCUGAGAUACUGUUAUUCUUAAUUUGUUUGGAAAUUAGGCUUCUACUCCUGCAGUGGUGGAUUUUUUAUUUUUGUUGAGCUUUUUAUUGGGUUUUGUUGUUGUUGUUGUUUUGGGGAUUUGUAUUGUUGGUUCAUUGGUUGGUUUUGGUUUGUUGUUUUUGUUUGGGAUUUUUUUUGUGUUGGUUUUUCUUUAAUUAUUUUUAAGGAUAGCUCAGCUUUAACUUUGAAGUGAAUGAAAGUGCUCUCAGUUUAUCAAGUCAUACCUUCUGCCUUAACUUUGAUUCUUUUAGUGUACUCAUGUUGUUAAUUCCUGUUGACUUUAUAUUAGGUCCAUUGAUUUCAUCUGGUUUUGUUGCAAUUAUUUGGCUCUGCCAAUAGUGUGAAAAUCAUUUAGAACAGUGGCACAACUGCCCUUUUUCAGGAUCCUCAUGUUUGAAAUUAGAUUUCAGGGACUGGAAAAAUGUAUUUCAUAAUAGGGAACAAAAGGUGCCAUAGGGCUAGGAUGUAACCCUACUUCUAAUAAAACGGACAUAUUUCCUUCUUCUUGUAUAUGUUCUCAUUCAUUCAAGCUGGUAUAACUUAUCUACCAUUCAAUGAUGCUUUGUGCUUUGAAUUCAAAAUAGAGUGUCUGUUGGAAAUGAACUAUAUGCCUGUCUUCUCCAAAGAUGUUGAAAAAUUGUGGGGAUUUUUUUUGUGUGUGUGCUUUAAAGGAGAGGAGGCACAAUAUCAAAUGUAUUACUCUGUUCAGUUAAAAUAUGCUACCUCAGUGCUACAAUUAAACUGCCUGGUCUAGUGUAGUUUCCUAAGUGAGGAGAGAGGGGGUAAGGAGUAUGACACAAGAGUUGAAGUUAACAAAUAGAUGACUGAUAUUAUUUUUAUUGUAAAACCAAGCCAAAUGGAUGAUUGUGUAUUUUGCAGUUGUUCUGAUGCACAGGCCUCUUGUAAUGUUUAAAAGAAAAGUCAUUUUGUUAGGGGAAGCUGUGAUAAAUCUUUAAGACUAGCCGUAAUGUUUGGUGUUAUUAAUGCAGGGCAGUGUGAUUUAAAUGCUCUGAGUACAGUAGUGAUAGUGUUUGGGGAUUAAAAUGGCAUUAAGGCUUCCUUUAUUCUGUGGGUUAUGCUCAGCAGAGAAAUAGUGAUGAGGUAGUGACCCUCAGGUUUGUGAAGUUGGCCGUUAUUUAUGAUAUUCUGCUGUUCAAAGCGUCUUGUAAAAAUUGUCCUUGGAAGUGUCAAGGGUAUUCUGAUGUAGGGCUUACUGAUGAACAAUUGGACCUGAAGUUAAAGUGUUUGUCUUUUGUGUAAAUUUAAACACUUGAUAAAUAGCAUAAAUAAAUUUUUACAUCUGACAAGGCUA